GAUAUUCUCAUAUCCCACUAAACAAUGGUGGCAUUGAAUAGAACACUGAAACGCUCAGCGUCUCCAGUUCAAGAUGGGAGACAUAAAAGACUUAGAUCAACUUCCUCUAAUGUUCUUCAAUCUUACUCCAGACUCCCCACCAUAAUUGAUAGACCCCCUCCCAAAAGCCAGAGUUUGGAUAUUUUUGUUUGGGGAACAGGUUCAAUGUGUGAACUUGGUCUUGGUCCACAAGCGAAAACGAAGGAAGUCAAACGUCCCAGACUAAACCCUUUCCUCACAAGUGAGAAAUUAGGUGCUGACGGAAUUGUUGACUUUUCAGUUGGAGGAAUGCAUGUUUUAGCAUUAGAUAGCAACAACGUUUUAUGGUCAUGGGGAACCAAUGAUAGCAAAGUCUUAGGUCGCGAUACAACGGGAAAAGAAAACUUGAAAUCCAUGGACGAUGCCGAGGAUUCCGAUGAUGAUGACGGAGAUUUAAACUCGGCAGAGUCCACCCCGGGAAAGGUAGAAAAUUUACCCAAGACGAACAUUAAAAUAGUUCAGGUGGCAGCAACAGAUAACCUCAGCGCUGUAUUGUAUGAAAAUGGAGAAGUUUAUACAUGGGGAACGUUUAGAAGCAAUGAAGGAUUGUUGGGGUAUUCCAAAGAGGUUAACACGCAAGAGUACCCAGCCAAGGUGAACAAUUUGGAAAACAUUGUUCAGUUGGCCACAGGAAAAGACCAUGUAUUAGCCUUGGAUGCCAAGGGGAUUGUGUAUGCUUGGGGAAAUGGGCAGCAGUCUCAACUUGGCCGGAAGAUACUUGAGAGACACAAGUUUACAGCUUUACAACCUCACACAUUUGGCCUCUAUGAUAUCAAAUACAUUGCUAGUGGAGAUUUCCACUGUUUUGCAAUCGAUUCCAAUGGUAAAGUUUUCGCUUGGGGCUUAAACCAAUACGGCCAAUGUGGUAUUACAAACAAGCAAGGCGAACUCGAAGAUGGAUCAGUCAUCCAGAAACCGACAAUCAUCCCUGCUUUGGAAGACAAAAAUAUUGUUGAAAUUGUCGGGGGUGAGCAUCAUUCCUUAGCCUUGACGGGGGAAGGGGAGCUUUUUACUUGGGGAAGAUACGACAUGAAAGAAGUCGGCAUUGCAAAAGAAAACUUGCCUGAUUACACGUACAGGGAUCAACAUGGUCUGCCAAGGUCUGUGCCGAUACCUACCCUCUUGCGUAUUGCCGAUGGAACGCUCAAAUUUAAGGCAAUUGCAGCAGGUUCUCACCACUCUUUUGCCGUCACACGUGAUGGGAUUGUAUACGCUUGGGGGUUUGGUGACACUUAUGGCCCUGGGCUUGGACUUCUUGACGGUGACGUUGAGAUACCAACGCGUAUAUAUAACACAGCAACCAAAGACAUGGACAUUCAAAUCAUUGGCGCUGGUGGUCAAUUCUCUGUUAGCGGAGGUCGCAAACUCUCCGAUACUCACGCCGCGGAAAGAAAUGAAAAAUACGAAAUUUUUGACUAAGACAGGCAAUACAUACAAUUAUCAAAAACGCAAUUGAGCAAAC